CAUGAGGUCAUACCGAGGCCGUUUCCCCACAUACAAAUAUUUUCAACACACCACGGUUUUUCUUGCCGCAACUCAUUCCACUUUUCUCAUUUACUCUUCAUUCACUCUCACCAACCAUGGAGCAUGAGGACAAUUACGCCUUGGGUCAGAACCAGAGCGAGCAGGACAACAACCAUAUCAGAGACAACCCCAACGAUAGUACUCGCUCUCCUCAUAACACCUCGACGAAUGCUGAGCCCACGACGACCUCAACAGACAGUGCUGCGGCGCGACAGCAGCACACGAACGACUAUUGGUGCCACCAGUGUCAACGAGAGAUCACACCGAUGAUGGUGCCGGAUCCAAUGUGUCCUCAUUGUCAUAACGAGUUUGUAGAAAAGAUUGAAGCCGAUAAUGACCCGCGCACGUUCAUACAGCCUGAGCCUGCAACCGCUGGUGGUGCUGGAGGGGAUCGUAGCGGCAGCCAGGAGGGCCCAGGGUUCACGGAAUCUAUCAACCUUAACGACCUAUUUCAACUCUUUCAGGCGAUUGCGACUCCGCAGAGGGCUUCACAGCAGCAACAGAGCCCAUUCCAGGGGCAGCAGGGACCCGUUUACAGCAGUGGUACACAAAUUAUCUUUAACACGGGACCUAUGGGCACCACAACCCGUACUCCCUCCUCGGGAAGUCAGUCACAGCAGCAGCAGCAGCAGCAGCAGCAGCACGAGGAUUCGCAUCCUAUCUCUACAAGAGAUGGUCAGGAAGGUCAACAGGAACCACAACGACAACAACAGCAACAGCAGCAACCGGGGCCACAAUGGCAUAGCCCGCCAUCGUUCAUAUCAGGGUUGCUGAAUCGUCUUGGGAUCGAGGUGCACUACACAACUGAUCCUGCCGCACUGCAGGGAAGUCCCGGUUUUGGCGGUGGGGUUUUUGGUGGGCCCAUGGGCGGAGGUGGUGGAGGAUUCUUCCCGAUUGCCGGUAACCCUGGUGACUAUGCGUGGGGACAAGGAGGGCUUGACGAUAUUAUCUCACAGAUGAUGGAACUGCAAAAUCGCCAGCAUGGUCCAGUUGGAGCCACGGACGAGAUUAUCGAUAAUAUACCCCAUCACAAGUUGACGGAUGAAGAACUGGAGGCAAAGACGGAAUGCAGCGUUUGCAAGGACGAGUUCGCAAAGGAGGACAAUCUGCUGCAAUUGCCAUGCAAACAUAUCUUUCAUGAAGAUUGUAUCAAGCCUUGGCUCAAAGUCAGCGGAACAUGCCCCACAUGCCGAUUCUCGCUGGUUAGUGGCAGCGACGAAAGACAUGCGGAAGGACACCAGUCACCCUCUGGAAACAGCAGCGCCACUAGCGCACCUUCAGCUGCGGGUGGGGGCAAUGGCACUGAGACCGGUGCUAGAUCCUUCAUGGACCUCCCAGGAGCAUUCCCGACUGAACGCAAUGACAAUAACGAUAGCAACAGUAACAGCAACAGCAACAGCAACAGCGGCAAUAGAAGCACCACUACUUCGAAUAACAGGAACAGCGGAACGAACACAGGUUACAACACCCAGAAUGCGAACGAUGCAUCGCUACCUGCUAUCGAACCGUUGGAUUAAGCGAUAAGACUAGAAUGGCUCCUUAGAGGCAAGGGAUGGUAGAAUUUUUUUUUUUCUUCGAUGUAAUAAAUAGCACUGGUAAUUAAACAUGAUAA